CAUUAUAAAAUGAUCCCCUAGGACCACUUACAUACAUCAAUAAACAAGUUAGGUGAAUGAAAUCUAGUCACAAACCAAGAUGGUAGCUACCAACACAAAUGACGACCGGAAAAGUGAAGUAAAAGCUUUCGAUGACACCAAAGAAGGAGUUAAAGGCCUCGUUGAUGCGGGCAUAACCGAGGUUCCUAGAAUUUUUCAUCAACCGCCGGAGUUGGAUGAUCACUACAUAAAAAAUUCCAGCUCUGAUUCAGAAGCCAGACAGUUUAGCAUUCCAGUCAUAGACCUUCAAGGCCUUGAACUUGGUAGUCCAACUAAACGCAACGAGAUUGUUGCGAAAGUCGGAGAGGCGUCAGAGACGUGGGGCUUUUUCCAAAUUGUCAAUCAUGGAAUACCUGUUGAUGUUCUGGAGGAGAUUAAGGAUGGGGUACGUGGGUUUUUUGAACAAGACACUCAAGUGAAGAAGGAGCUUUACACUCGUGAUCCCUUUAAACCUUUGGUCUACAAUAGCAACUUUGAUCUUUACAGUGCACCGGCCACUAAUUGGAGGGAUACUUUUUUGUGUUAUGUGGCUCCUAAUCCUACUAAGCCAGAAGACUUGCCACAAGUAUGCAGAGACAUACUAGUUGAAUAUUCAAAGCAUGUAAUGAAGUUGGGGAAGUUGUUGUUCGAGUUGUUAUCGGAGGCUCUUGGCCUAAAGCCAAGUCACUUGAAUGACAUGGACUGUAGUGAGGGGCUUCUGAUUCUAGGUCAUUACUAUCCUUCUUGUCCACAGCCAGGGUUGACUAUGGGCACAAGCAAGCAUGCCGACAAUGACUUCGUCACAGUGCUUUUGCAAGAUCAUAUUGGAGGUCUUCAAGUUCUUCAUCACAGAAAGUGGGUUGAUGUUCCGCCUGUGUCUGGUGCUCUUGUGGUUAACAUUGGAGACCUUUUACAGCUUAUAUCAAAUGAUAGAUUCAAGAGCAUACAACACAGGGUACUAGCAAACUGUGUAGGUCCAAGGAUAUCUGUUGCGAGCUUCUUUUGCACAGGGAUGUUACCGUCAACAAAGCUCUAUGGACCCAUCAAGGAGUUAGUAUCAAAAGACAAUCCUCCAAAGUACAAGGAGACCACUGUGAGGGACUACGUUGCUUACUUCAACAACAAAGGCCUUGAUGGCACAUCUGCCUUGUCACAUUUUAAGCUUUAAAGUUUGACACAGAGGAUCAGUACCAAGGUUCUAAAAGACGUUAUACGCUAGUCAGGCAGUGGGCUGGGGCCUAGAGCCUAAGUGGAUUUAAGUAAAUUAUUUUAUAUCUUUAAUAUUUUGGUGAAUUUGAUAAUAUGAGACGAAAGUUUAAAGGAUUAUAAAGGCUAGUUUAGUA